AUGUUUUACCAGCGGAGUGUCUUGACUAGCAUCCUAGUUGUAUUGUUGACAACAGAGACUGCCUUGGCUGCUCUUAAUGGACAUUGUCCCCCUUUAGGGCCAGUCUUACCCGCUCCAAAGAACCCGAAGGUGCAUGAGUCUGUCCGGUUGGCAAUAGACCGUGUCACCAAUACAUUCCAAAACCUCACUGCCGACCUUCUUUCUACUGGCAUAUCUGUCGCAGUCAAGUCGAUACACGAAAUUGAUCCGCUACUAGAACUCCACCAUACACCUACGAUACUUAACCCUAAUGGAACAUCAACCAUCGAUUCACAGACGGUCUAUCGACUCGGAAGUAUAUCUAAAAUUUUCGCAGUGCUCUCCUUGCUGAAACAGAGCCACGUGAGGCUGGACGAUCCCAUCACUCAGUAUGUUCCUGAGCUGCGUGAACUCAAAGGAGAGACAGAUGAAGUUAGUGAUGUCACAACCGUUAGAUGGGGUGAAGUGACUCUUGGUGCUCUUGCUUCGCACAUGAGUGGCAUUUCUACAGACCUUACAAUCGACCUGGCUAGUUUUCCCUUGGACUGGACCGAAGUUGGUCUCCCUAAAUUAAAUGAGACGUCGAAGACUGGGUGUGGUGGUGUUUUUGGCCUCCCUCCCUGUAACAGGACCGAGUUUUUCAGAGAUUUUGGCAAGCGGCACCCGGUGUACGCUCCAUUCACAAACCCAGUAUACUCAAACGUCGCGAGCGUCAUUCUAAGUUAUGCUGUGGAGGCAAUAACCAAUAUGACCUACGACAACUAUGUCAAGCAAUCGAUAUUCGCUCCCCUAUCUAUGACAAACACGACCAUAUUUAAUGGGCCGGAGAAGAACGCAUGGGGAUUUAUCCCUGUAAAUGAGACCUGGUUUGAUGUUAGCUUCGGAUACGAGGACGUAGCCGGCGGUUUCUACUCGAACACGGUCGACCUACUUUCCUUUGGUACUGGCAUCCUCAAGCAUACCUUGCUAGAUUCUACUAAAACAAGAAAGUGGAUGAAACCAGCAACAUCCACAUCGUCUUCUGGCCUACUUAUCGGCGGACCUUGGGAAAUUCUUCGCUCUAACACAGUCACUAAAGAUAAGCGUCUUAUUGAAUUUUACUGUAAAGCCGGCAAUCUAAAUUCGUACAACAACAUGUUGUGCCUAGUACCGGACUAUGAUAUCGUUGUUACGAUACUCUCUGGUGGACCACAGUCGAAUGCCGACCUGGUGGAUCUGGUUCUUACGAAAGUCGUGCAAGGCCUGCUUCCAGCUAUUGAAGAUGCGGGUAAAGCAGAGGUGUUACCAAAAUUCGGUGGCACAUAUACGGACGCCACUACGAAUUCGACUAUCACGCUUUCUCUUGACGAUGGGCCAGGAUUCGCAGUAUCUAACUGGGUCGUCCGUGACGUCGAUGUAAUCAAGAACUAUAGUAAAUUCGGGGCACUAUCGAGUAGCCCAACAAGCCGACCGGUUUCCAUCCGGCUGUAUCCUACAAACCUGGGUUCGGGAUGCCAUGAUGUCUGGCGGGCCGUGUUCGAUAUCGGAACCCCAGAGGAGAGUGCGGAGAAAGACGCAAACUCAUUCUGGCCUGAUGCAAGCUGUCAUACGUGGGGUUCUAUGGAUCGACUCACGUAUGGCUUCCGGUCUAUGGAUGAGUGGGUCUUCUUGCUUCGUGAUGAUGGGUCAGCACAAAGUGUAGACCUGAGGACAUUUAGAGUUGAGCUGAAGAGGGAGGCUUGA